AAAAUGAUACUCGGAACGGGAGAAGAGCCUGCCAGAGGCCAGGUGCGGGGGGACGCAGGGCGCAGCUGGGGCAGGAACGGUGGCGGGAGCUGGGAGCCCUGCUGGCUGUUUACCGACGGAGCCGGAGGCUGAAGUUCAGCCUGCGCUGGGGGCAGAGACGCUGGUCCCGAGGCCCUCCCCCGCCUUCGAUCCGCAGGGCGCCCUGUCCUUUGAGCCCGGCGGCUCCCUCCGGGCUGGCACUCUCGCCUUGCGGGCUCGUGGGACCCUUCGGGUGCACUCUGGUCCCGUGGCCUCGCGGGCUCGGAAGCGGGCGGGCGACAUGCUGCGUCUGCUGGCGUCCCGCUGCACCCGGGGCCUGGGGUCCAGCGUGCCUGCGCGUCCUGCCACCGGGCUCUGCCUCCUAGGGCGCAGCCCGAGCCGCCGGGCCUCCGACAUGCCCCGGAACCACCCGCCCAGCUCCGAGUUCGUGGCCCGGUCGGUGGGCAUCUGCUCCAUGAUGCGCCUGCCCGUGCAGACCUCCCCGGAGGGGCUGGACGCUGCCUUCAUUGGGGUGCCCCUGGACAUUGGGACCUCCAACCGGCCCGGUGCCAGAUUCGGGCCCCGACGCAUCCGGGAAGAAUCUGUGAUGCUCCGGACAGUCAAUCCUAGCUUGGGGGCCUUGCCCUUCCAGUCCCUCAUGGUAGCUGACCUGGGCGAUGUGAAUGUCAAUCUUUACAACCUUCAGGACAGCUGCCGGCUAAUUCAAGAAGCCUAUCAGAAAAUAGUAGCAGCUGGUUGUGUUCCUCUGACCUUGGGUGGAGAUCACACAAUCACGUAUCCCAUAUUGCAAGCACUGGCAAAAAAGUAUGGCCCUGUGGGGCUGCUGCAUGUGGACGCCCACCUGGACACAGCCGACAAGGCCCUGGGGGAGAAGCUCUACCAUGGGACACCCUUCCGGCGGUGCGUGGAGGAGGGGCUCCUGGACUGUCAGCGGGUGGUGCAGAUUGGCAUCCGGGGCUCUUCCAUGACCCUGGAUCCCUACAGAUACAACAGGAACCAGGGCUUCCGUGUGGUCCUGGCUGAAGACUGCUGGAUGAAGUCGCUGGUCCCUCUGAUGGCGGAGGUCCGGCAACAGAUGGGAGGCAAACCCCUUUACAUCAGCUUUGAUAUUGACGCCCUGGAUCCUGCCUAUGCCCCGGGGACAGGGACGCCUGAAAUUGCUGGUCUCACCCCUAGUCAGGCUCUGGAGAUCAUCCGGGGCUGUCAGGGCCUAAACGUGGUGGGCUGUGAUCUUGUGGAGGUUUCCCCGCUGUACGAUCUCUCUGGGAACACAGCUCUCCUGGCGGCUAACCUGCUGUUUGAGAUGCUGUGUGUUCUCCCUAAAGUGGCAACUGCCUGAACCUUGUCUCUUCUGGACAAAAUGGAUGCACUACCAACCACUCCUCAGGAGCUUACUAGCGAGCAGUACUGAAGAGGGUAGGCCAGGACAGCUUGCUGCUCAGAGUCACUGGUGGCUAUAGAACAAGGACAUUCAGAAUUCUAACCCAAACACAUUUCUAAGGGUUUCAAUUGACUUUAAAAACUGAGGCAUUUGACACUGCUUAGGUUUUUUUUUUUUUUUCUUUGAUGAAAGAUGGAGGAGAACUUCACUCAAGGUCAUCUAAAAAUGGGAUGAAGGAAUAAAAAAAAUUAUGAAAGGAUAGUGUACAAAGACUCCACAUUUCUAUACUCUUCCUUUAAGAUAGAGCUCCUUUGAGGAGCUCAGAGCUGCAUCUUGGUUUAUUUCUUUAUUUGCGGUGCUGUGACUGAACUCGGCCUCACUCAUGCCAUCGCUGAGCCACAUUCCCAGCCCCCACAUCUUGGUUUCAGGAUCACUGAAAACAUAAAUGAUCUUUGAAGAAAACAACAUGCAGUUCCUAAUAAAGAAAUGUCCCCAGAAGCCCAGAUAGCAUCAGCUGAGCCCUUGAUGGACCUUCUAAUCCACUCUCUAGGAGACUCAAUUUUGCAUUAUUUACUUUAAGCCAACACACUCUCCUGGCCAGCAGUUCCUGAAAUCUGCAGCUGGGCUGUGCUGAUCCCAAGUGUUGCUGAGAGAAACUUCAAGAUAAUCAUCUUGCAGUUCAAGAGCUACCCACAGUAAUCACACAUUAAAAUAGUUUAUUUGUUUCCAGUC